ACUUUUCCAUUCACACUUCCGCCGCCCGUGUCUCCAAGCUGCAAGCUGCGAGGUGUUCUGCGACGAACAGCUGCGAUGUUCGCGUGCCGCCCUGCGUCGAGAAAGCCGCUGCGAACGCCUCGUGAAUCGUGACAGUGUGCCUGUGUGUGUGUGUUUUGGCGUAUGCCGCGACUCGGCAUUUCGGGCUACGGAAAGCGCUAGCGACACGCCAUGGGACGUCGAACAUCGCGCGGCCACCGUCGCAGCUACGUCGUACCUACAGCGUUUGGAUACGCCGGUAAAACGACCGCACCUACCCGUGUGGUGUAGCCGCUGUACCCUGGUUGGCUUAAGACUGGGGAUUCGCGCUUCUUCAGGAGACCUCAGACUAAACCCAGCCGUCUGCUAGUCAAUCCGAAGUCAUGAGCGUCUACAACGUGCGAUCGUCUCAGACGGUCGCCACCGCCUACUUCAGCCUGGACGCCGCGGCGCGAGCCUGCCUCGACCCGUUCGUGCCCAUCUUCCUGCGUCACCACGGGCUGACCGCGCUUCAAGCUGGUUUCGUUCUCUCCGCGGCCGCCAUCGUGUCCGGGCUGUUCGUCCCCGCCGCACUGUGGCUGCCCAGGUGGCGCCGCAACAGUUGGCGCUCCGUACUGCUGGCCAGCAGUAUCGUCUCGAUCGUUUGCUACCUGUCCCUGUUGGCGAUACCGCCUAUGACGACGGUGGGAGGCGAUUGGGUAUCGCCGUGUCGAACGUCCGAGUCGGCACGUGGCAAGCACGCGGACGUCGAUUCGGCGGACGGAUCGAUAGCUUUGAUGCAGGGAGGGCACGGCGGUGGUAAAGACACUCCUCAGGACACAGCCGAUGGUAUUCAGGGAGAGUCGAAGAAUGGAAGCGGGAAACUGUUUCCGGCGCCCCCUCCGACCUACGAACUGCUGCCGACGGCCGUCCCUCUGGUUGCAGGCCCGGCCUACCUUCUGUCGUCGCGCGAAGCAAAGGGUGUGGAAGUGCGACAACACUCGCGAGUUCUACGAGCAGCCAACGUGUCUGACGAAGAAGGCGACGUGGUUGAAGUUCCGAUGCGUCCUCAAGGUACCGCGUCCCCUGAAGCCGUGAAGAACGGAUCUAAGGACGCCCCGUCGCCUUCCCUCGAUGGAGUCGUCAUACCUGUCAAGAAAAAGAAGGGUAUGCCUCCGGCACCAGCCGUGAAUCCGGAUUGUGAGGGUGAUCGGACGAGUCCGGAAUGCCAGCUGAUGACCCACGGUGAGGACGCCGACGAUGAUGGCUCGAGGAAUAGCGAUUCGUUCAUGAACAACGCCUCGUUGCUGCUUCUGGCUGCGGCCGUCCUGCUCGGAAGCUCGACGUUCGCGCUGGCCAAGUUCGUCGCGGACGAGUCGUACUUCGCAUUCCUAGACGAGAUCGACGCCACGGAGAAGUCUCGGAGCCACGAGACGUACGCGGCAAUUGUCAGCGCCCUCGUUCUGGGUGCCGUCGCCAUCUUGGCCUCGCAGGCGCCCUGCCUUCCACUUCCGACAUGGGGAUAUCAGGAGGUCUACCUGGCAGCCUUCGGCACGCUCGUGUUUGCUUCCCUGCCACUGGCCGCCUUCUUUCCCGAGCCUCACCAACCGCUGCGUCGUCAGGCGACCUCCGGGGCGUGUCGCGGCGUCGGUUCGAUGCUCAAGAACGUCGAGGGAGCCCUGAUCGUAGGUGGCCUCUUCUUCCUGGGGUUGCUGGCAGGCCUGGAGCAGGCCUUCUUCAUGUGGCACCUGGAGGAAACCGGCAAAAAGGUCGAGCUCGGCGUCGUCAUCAUGGCCAGGGCCGUGUCCAACGUGGCCUCGCUGUUCUUGCUCUGCGCCGGCGGUCUUCCCAGCCGUCUGCUGGCUUGGCUCGCCUUCGGCAUCGUGUGCGUAGCGGCCCGCUGCGCCUGCUACGUGCAGUCGGGUUGGGAGCUGGCUGCCGUAGCCCAGCUCCUGUCCCCGCCGUCUACAGUGCUCGUCUGGGUCGCCUGCGAGCGGUGGGCACGGCGUUCUUCGACCAGACUGAGCACCGAGCGCGGACUGCUGGUCGUGAUGCGCUGCUGUCACAACGGUUUGGGCUUCUGCGUCGGUGCCCUGACCGGAGGUGGAAUUGCGUCGUGGCUCGGUGUCCGCAGCACACUGGGAGUGGGUGCAGUGGUUGGGAUCAUCGGCGGAUUGGCCAUGUUGGCCGCUAGCCGGUUCGUUGCCGGCCGUCCGCCCAGCUACGACCGGUUGCUGUGGGACCCGACGAGUGCCAACUCGGACAGCGAGUCCGAGGAAGAGCCCAAGAUGGCUGGUGAUGCCGGUGUGCCCGUUACGGUGACGCCAGUAACUUCGUGAUCUCGUUAUUUUUGCCUCGCCAAAUUACACAUAUCCAUGAGCAAACGUUGACCUCCGGUGUUAACCGAGUGCGGGGGUGACGUGUGUGUAAGCGGCGCUUUUUUUUGUUUGCGAGAUUUCGGCGUUUUUGUAACUAAGAUAGCCGGAUAACAGGGUUGCCACUUGCAGAGGCAACGCUCCGUACGUGUACAUUCUAGUCUUGUUGCACAUACUGUUUGCCGAUCGUCACAUCCUCCCUGUCUCGUGGUACCGCCGCAUAUAGCACACUGACAUCCAGCCGUGAAAGUCACCGCAGGCUCACAGCUGUUCUGACGUGAUCAAAUUCUAGCACACAGCGCGCGGUUAUUCCUAUCUCGCUGUGUCCACAUAUAUAUCAAAGUAAAUGACGUCACCAAUAUAAAUUUUGCCCUACAGUUAUCUCUAAAACUGCGCGUGUGACACGGCGAAAUGUGGCUUGCAUCCCCUAGUCCGAACAAAAGUCUUGACACUGAAAGCAUGUAAAUCACAUUGCAGUGAAGUUUGGUUUUGUUUUUAAAAAUAUCAUAGAGCUUCAGAAUCGCACAUUCGUUGGUCAAUUUGGUGCUUUGGGCAUUAGUUAGGUGGUGCGCCAGUCUUAAGUCGUCUUGAGAUAAACAUUCAUAGAAUACGUUUCUCUCAUAACCUUUCACCUCUCCCAAUGAGAGAAAAUUUUCUUUCUUCGAACCGUUCUCUUGAAUCACGUACACUGUUUCGAAUUUCAUAUUACGCUUUUAACACAUUUACAGCUGUUUUCACGCACGAAUUGGGCCCAUAUUUUGGCACUUGCAUCUCAUAUUCCUAAUAUUGUGCCCAACAUUCAAGCGAGAAAAACUUGAAAUUACCUUCUGCUUCCUAAUCUGUUGAUGUGAUACGCUGAUCCACAGAGCGUCAACAGCUUUCUUUAGCAUAGUCACCAAGUCAAGGGCAUUUCCUCUUUUCAAGGUUAUCUCGCUCUGUGUGAGACACAUGCAGUCGAACUUUGGUUAGCGCUCACCAAAGCCAUUGUUUAUCGUGCAUGUAUCCGUGCUGGCAUUUAGGUUAUUCGGGCUAAAUGUAUGCACUUGGAACACUCAAGUGGCAUGUGCAUAAUCCUUCGAAAGAAAUUGCUGCGUGACUCAUCCGGAUGAUCUUCGUGUGCAUUGUCUUGUGUGGUCACGUGGCAAAAUAACAUCGCUAUCACGGUAGAUCAAGAAAGUGAGAUGACGGAGUUUUCUAGAGAGCUCUAUUGCAAAAGAACGCGAAGUGCCUUUUUUUUUCAGAGCGUGGCCUCCGCGAUUACCUAUGGCAGCACGGCGUUUUGCCGGAGCUGAUCCCGGAGGCCACUUUAGAGACCGCUGUUGCGCUGUCUAUGAGCGCGGGUCAGUCGCGUCACAAGUGUUUCCCCUUCUAGUCAAGAGCUGUAGUUCCCGAUAUUUUGGUCGUACUGUAAGUACCUACGCAGAGUACUUUUAUGGAAAGUGUCGCCGCGUGUGUACAAUUGGGUGGUUUGUUUGUAAAAUAAAACCAUUGCGUGAAAGCAGAAA